AUGAAGUUCCUCGCUCAUAUCUCUCUUGCUACCGUUGUUACGGGAGCAAACAUCAAAAACCACUUCAAAGACGGCUGCAAGGGUGGCUACCUUGAUUACCCAAACAUUGCCCCAAGAAUAUGUUCUUCCGCACUCCACGAUGGAAUGACUAAAGGGGCUGCCACUGUCGCCUUCUACCAUAUGCCCAAGCAUGCGGGCAUAAAUGGCUGGCAGAGCAACCGUGACAACUUAUGCGGUGCUCUUAAGAAGCACAGCCGCGUCGGAAACUCCAACCACAAGUGCCUCGGUAAACUCCAAGGUGGCUCUCAGUAUGUCGGUAGCAGCUGGACCCAGCCGGGUCAAUUAAACGCGAAGGCUGAAGGAAUGGAUAUCGCCUGCACAGGUCAGAUGGCUCCUUACUCUCUCGUCCUAGACGAUGGACACAAAUACGCCCUUAGUGACAUGGACGAUGGCAUGAUCGCAUCCCUGUACGAUUUGGCUGUCAAUGGAACUACUUUCCAAAACGUGCCAGGCGAGUACGCAGCAUUUGAGAUUGAAAAAAAGAGCGUUCAACAGCGCGCUCAGGAGAUCCAGGCUUGA